UCGCGUUGGGACCUGUGCAGCAGCGGGGGCAGAGGUUGCCGUCCAUCCUGGCUGCAGGAUCACGUCUCUGCGGGGAACCCUGUGCUCCUCUGGAGCUCCCUUGUGCUCAUCUGAUUAUCUGGAUACCACACAUAGCAUCUAUAUUAUUAAAGCACUUGUGUGGAGCGUGUUGCAGCAGCACCAUAACAGUGAUAGAGGCACUUUCCAGUUUUACGCAGACUUUCUCAUAAAGGUGUCGGGGAAGUGUGUUUCCAGGCAGUUGUGAAGGAGAUGAGGCGUAGAGGAGGCGACUGGCCCUUGGAGCCAAGCUGUAAAGGUUUUGGCUUGGGGAGGAAGUGCAGGGGUAGGGUACGGACAGGAGAAGCAGAGGAGCUUACAGCUUUCAGGAAUUACUGAACUUAUCCACCAUCUCAAUCUCGUGCAUGGUGAGACAAGCUCUGCAACUUGUAUUAUCCCUGUGUUCUUGCAUACUGCAUUUUUUUGCUCCUUUCUUUGUUAGUAUAGCUUGGAUUUUCAUCCAGCCCAAGCCACCUUUUCCAAAGUGUAUGACAUGUCAGCAGUUUUCUGACAGUCCGCUUCCUUCAGAGUGUCUCUUUGAUGGUGAAGGUCCCUCUUUGACAUAAAGGAGUUCGUAGAUGAGAAAGAGAUGGGAAGGUGAGAAUGUAGCUAGGCAUGCCAUCUUCAUACGUAGCACUGACUGUUCAGUGACGGGUAAACGAUGGUGCUGCUUAGGGACUGAAAAAAGUUACACAUUUCAUAUGUGGAUGUAGAUGAGUUGUAGGAAUGUUUUCCUUAGCUAGAGAAAAGUGUAGGAUUUUUCCUGAACUGUGUUUUAUGCAUUGUCUGGUUGAAAGGCAAGGGGAGGGCGUGUUUAUUAAAUGAGUAAGUGAGUAAGUACACUUAGUUUUUUCCUGAGUAAUUGUUCUGGCUUUAGCAAACUGCUUGACCUCUCCACGCUCACUUCUCCCAUGUCAAUUUAUAUGAUAAUGCAAAAUAGGUGUUUUUAUUUUCUUCAGCUUACACCAUACUCACCAACCCGUGGUACAGAUAUGCUAAGAGCCAAGGAUGCUCUCCUGCGCCUGUGGCCCCACCGCUGCACAUGUCUGGCACAACUUCCAGCCUGCCAGUUCGCAUGGCGUUCGCUGCACGGGCAGCCGCUGCACCCCGAGUGGGCUGCCCUUGCUGAAAAGCAGCUGAAAGGCAAGAAUCCAAAGGAUUUAAUUUGGCACACCCCAGAGGGGAUCGACAUCAAGCCUUUAUACUCCAAAAGGGACACGAAAGACCUCCCUGAGGAGCUGCCAGGGGUGAAACCUUUCACUCGAGGACCCUACCCAACCAUGUACACAUACAGGCCGUGGACUAUCCGCCAAUAUGCUGGCUUCAGUACAGUGGAAGAGAGCAAUAAGUUCUACAAGGACAACAUUAAAGCUGGCCAGCAGGGAUUAUCUGUUGCUUUUGAUUUAGCCACUCACCGUGGUUAUGAUUCAGACAAUCCACGAGUUCGAGGAGACGUUGGAAUGGCUGGAGUUGCCAUUGAUACAGUGGAAGACACCAAAAUCCUUUUUGAUGGAAUUCCUUUAGAGAAAAUGUCGGUUUCUAUGACAAUGAACGGGGCAGUCAUUCCCGUGUUGGCAACAUUCAUUGUAACUGGAGAAGAACAGGGAGUGCCUCAGGCCAAGCUGACAGGGACAAUCCAAAAUGACAUCUUGAAGGAGUUCAUGGUCCGAAAUACGUACAUUUUCCCCCCAGAACCAUCGAUGCGGAUUAUUGCUGACAUCUUCCAGUACACCUCAAAGUAUAUGCCAAAAUUUAAUUCCAUUUCAAUCAGUGGGUACCAUAUGCAAGAGGCAGGCGCUGAUGCCAUUCUGGAAUUAGCUUAUACUAUAGCAGAUGGCUUGGAGUACUGCAGAACUGGACUUAAAGCUGGCCUUACCAUUGAUGAAUUUGCACCAAGGCUUUCCUUCUUUUGGGGAAUUGGCAUGAACUUCUAUAUGGAAAUAGCUAAGCUGAGAGCUGGAAGGCGGCUGUGGGCUCACUUGGUAGAGAAAAUGUUUAAGCCUAAGGAUCCCAAAUCUCUUCUGCUGAGAGCGCAUUGUCAAACUUCAGGCUGGUCACUCACUGAGCAGGAUCCCUUUAACAAUGUUAUCCGUACUACAAUUGAAGCAAUGGCUGCGGUGUUUGGAGGUACACAGUCUUUGCAUACAAAUUCAUUUGAUGAAGCCUUGGGCUUGCCUACAGUGAAGAGUGCUCGCAUUGCUCGGAACACGCAGAUCAUAAUUCAGGAGGAGUCAGGCAUUCCUAAAGUGGCGGACCCCUGGGGCGGAUCUUACCUCAUGGAGUGCCUCACCAAUGAUGUCUAUGAAGCUGCUUUAAAGCUUAUUGAGGAGAUUGAAGAAAUGGGUGGCAUGGCCAAAGCUGUUGCUGAGGGGAUUCCCAAACUUCGUAUUGAAGAGUGUGCAGCCCGAAGACAAGCCAGGAUUGACUCUGGGUCUGAAGUAAUUGUUGGAGUAAACAAGCAUCAGCUGGAAAAAGAGGAGACAGUCGAAGUUCUGGCUAUUGAUAAUACCUCAGUCCGUAGCAAGCAGAUCGAGAAGAUCAAUAAGGUGAAGGCUAGUAGAGAUCAAGCAGCAGCCCAGCAAUGUCUCGCUGCUCUAACGCAGUGUGCUGCUACUGGGGAAGGCAACUUACUUGCACUUGCAGUGGAAGCAGCACGUUCAAGAUGCACCGUUGGAGAAAUAACAGAUGCAAUGAAGAAGGUGUUUGGGGAGCAUAAAGCCAGUGACCGAAUGGUGAGCGGAGCUUAUCGACAGGAGUUUGGAGAGAGUGAUGAAAUUCUUCAUGCCAUCAAUAGAGUUAACAAGUUCAUGGAUCGUGAGGGGCGCAGGCCUCGUAUACUUGUUGCAAAGAUGGGUCAAGAUGGUCAUGACAGAGGAGCUAAAGUUAUUGCUACGGGAUUUGCAGACAUUGGCUUUGACGUGGACAUAGGUCCCCUCUUCCAGACCCCUCGAGAAGUGGCCCAGCAGGCGGUUGAUGCAGAUGUGCACUGUGUUGGUGUGAGCACACUUGCAGCAGGUCAUAAAACUCUUGUGCCUGAACUCAUCAAAGAACUCAAUGCCCUUGGCCGGCCAGACAUUCUUGUCAUAUGUGGAGGUGUCAUCCCACCUCAGGAUUACGACUUCCUGUAUGAAGCCGGCAUUACCAGUGUGUUUGGUCCAGGGACUCGUAUUCCAAAAGCAGCCGUCCAGGUGUUGGAUGAUAUUGAGAAGUGCCUGGAGAAGAGGCAGCAAUCUAUGUAAUGCUGAAAUGUCACACAACGCAACCAGCCUUAUACUAAUCGCUUACAGAAUGUAAUCAUCAGCAAGGGAUGGCCAGCCACAUACCUUUGGUUCCACUGCCCCGCGGCCUGGUGUUUUGUGCUUUCUAAGAAAGUUGUAAAUUCUCUGCUUGUUCUAUUUGAGGAUUAUUUAUAUAUGUACCCACAAGAAAAUUUUAUCUCUAGAACUAUGACUUCAGGGAAUGAAGGGAAUUCAGUAGGUGGGUUUGGGUUUUUUUCCAGAUAUACUGAUAAAUAAAAUAUCCAUUCCA